AUGCCUCCUCCACCUGUGUCUCGCCUUAAAGCUACCAGUGUGGACAUCCACAGGACUCCUCAAAAUGCCCCUCCAGUGUUUGGGCAGCAGAGUGAGAGCAUGGGGAGCAAAGAGCAAGGUCCCGGCCGGGUGGUGACGCUGCUGGAGGACUGCGGGGCGUGCACGUGGGGUGUAGCCUAUGAAGUCCGUGGGGAGCAAAUCGCUGCAUCGCUCGAGUAUCUCAACAUGCGAGAAGCUGUCCUGGGAGGAUAUGACACCAAGCUGGUGAAGUUCCACCCUCAGGAGAAAGAUACAGAGGAACCCAUCCUGGCUCUUGUUUACAUUGCGACGCCCCAGAACCCUUCUUACCUUGGCCCAGCAUCUGAAGAAGACAUUGCAGCACAAAUCAUUGUCUCAAGUGGUUGUGCUGGCCAUAACAUUGAGUACCUGCUGAGACUGGCAGACUUUAUGCGCUACUUCUGUCCUCAAGCAGAGGACAAACAUCUCUUCUCCAUCGAAGAGGCUCUCGUUUCCAUCCUUCCCUGUCUAUACUACACAGAGGACUCUCUAGAAGAAAGUGCAAGUGUGCCUCAGAAGACUAAGAGUUGAAAUGGGAGAAUUUUUUUGCAGGGCUCAAUAGAAGGGACAUAAGGGAGAAGAAAGCAGUGGGGACAAUCUUAACUGAUGAAAUAUACUGGACUGAGUGAACAAAGGGACAAUUAGCAAGUAGUUGGGGAGGGAGGAAGUGGAGAGCAAAAUGCUUGCUAUAGGACUUGCAAUUAGUACCUGUUACACUCCUUUUCUGUAGCAUCACAAUACCCAUCACUGCCUUCCAGAUGAAGAGCUGGGAUCUUCACAGGAACUCUGCUCUGCAAGACUUGCUUCUGGGAAUCAAACCUGAGGCAUUCAUUUUCUUUAGAGAAAGAGGCUCAUCUAUUCUAAAUUGUUGCACUUUCUCUUUUUUUUCUUCUUUUUUCUUUGAAGACUAGUUGAGCAGGACUUGACUGGGUUUAAGCAGUAUAUAUGUAAUUCUACCUCAAAUUGGCAAAAAGCUGUUUGUGUGGUGGUGGAGACUUUGGCAGAUUCUGCCAAAUAAAAUAUUUUUUUUUUUUUCCCCUGCCUUGUCCCACCUCCAGUACAGUGACCUGACACUAAAUUUUAGAACGUUUGUGCAAUAUAAAAUGAACAGGCCUCUUUGUGCUCUUGUGGGUCCUACUUAUAUUGUGAAGGAUCACAGUAAUGCACUUAUUUUCUAAAAUGUCAUGCUGUAUUUAUUAUGUGUUAUAUUUCAUCUUAGGAGGGGUAUCUAAACUACUCACAUGCCGCAGUGGUACGCAGCCCACACUCAGCCUUGCAUUUGUGCCUUCUAGUUUCAAAUCUGUUUUCUGAGGAGCUAAGCCUCCUUUAAUGACAAGCUUUUUUCCAAGCUUCACUGUCCUUGUGCUGCUCCAGACGUAACUGACUCUGUAAGAAAUGCUCCUGCCUGUGUGGGAAGCCUGUGCUGCCUGCAGGAAAGCCAUCAGGAUUCAGGAGAGUUUUAACUGGCCCUGUACUGGAUAAACCUCUGGUGCUUGAGGAUGACGUGGGUUUCUGUAGAAUCAUUUCAGGGGUUCUAGUUUCGUGUAGGGGUGUCUCUGGCACACUUUCAUUUCACUGCAGAGGACCAUGACUGAGCAUACUUGUAAGUCUGUGAGCUGCUGAAAAGCCCGCCUUUAUCACGUUAAGCAGAGGCACUGCUGUGAGCUCUGACUUUUCAGCUUCACAUAUUAGCAGCAUGAAAACCCACAGUAUUUUGUGAGAAAACUGCUGCUGCUGCAACUGCAGCAAAACAGCUCUUGAGAGCUGACCCCUGGGACUGUUGGCUCCUCCCAAAUACCAUGUGUUUUUUUUAAUUAUAAAAAAGGCUAGGGACUGUUUGUAUUACUGUGGCUUGUAUGCAUAUGAAGUGGUAUGGUGCUGUGCCCAGUAAUAAAACAAACUGACAAAGUCAGUCUCAUGUA